AACCUUAUUCGCGGUGAUCGCUAUGAGCCAAGAAUUGUCUGUUCCAAAUAGUCUUAGUUAACCUGAAAGCAUGUGUCAAAUGUGGAUCCUGACCUGCAUUUCGCAUCUAUGCGCUUGUCCUGUAUGCUUGAAAUGUUGCACGGUGGGAGAGCCGUAGGUUUCACAGGCUUGCUGUAGCCCUUAUCUAUAGGUUGUUGGUGAAGUACAGAAUACUCAAAGGUUGGUGCCUGUGGUUCUUGCCCGUUUGCUCUUUAACUUUAGAUUAAAUUCAGGUUUCGCUCAUUUAUUGUUUGCUUCUUUUUCAUGGCUUGUAGUUGGUGGUGCUAAGUUGAUCUUUUCUGCGUUAAGCUUUAUAUGGACGAUGAUUUCCUGCAGAGCCAGAUCAGAAGGAUGGCCAGGACAGAAAAUGUGGUAUUGGAUAUUGAGAGUCUGCCUCAACAACCGGAUAAAUGCUGCACUGGAAGUCCAAAGAUGACAAGAGCCCUAUCACGUAAGGGUCCAAAUCGCACGGAGAGGAGGGGUGGCGAAGAGCAGGAGCCAGAUGAUUUGGCAAAAAAGCUUAUUAUUAAAGUUGUGCCAUCUCAACUGGAGCAGCUUAACAAAACUUUGGUUACACCGCCAUGUACCUCCUCCACACCUGUAACAACCGACUCUGCUGAAGGGAGGAGCAAAAGAUUUAAUCGUCUCACUUCAUAUCAUCCCCGGAGAAUCCUUCUCUUCUUUGCAACUUUGUCGAGCGUAGGGACGAUGAUACUGAUAUACUUCACGCUCGCUAUCAACAGCAGACCGGCCGGUGCAUAGCCGUUGUGCUUUGUUGUGCAAAAGAAGAGCUACAACUUGGGCAGGCAGGACCGCAGGAGGGCGUGGGAGGUUCAGUGAUACAUUCCUUAGUUAGGAUAUUUGCGGUUGUUUUUUUCAGAUUUUAUUUUGUCGAGGGUGGAAGAAGGAAAGCUGCAGUAGCAGUAUAUAUCACGAAAAUGCAAAGGAGCUCACGAGCUCGCCUACUCCUGGACAGCGAUUGGGCAAGCUGGCACAUUGGGAAGUGGGCCUCGGUAUUCCAGUCAUGUAUUCCCUGUUAGCUAGCGUAUUCAUGAUGCUGGCCACACAGCUGGACGUUCGACCCGUUAGGUGCAGGCGAGCUCGUGUGCUAUAUCGCCGCUUUCAUGUGAACAGCUUGUAUGUAGAGAUAGACUAACAUUAAUUGCAGUUAGUGGAGUUUCGUUUUAUAAGAAGUAUAGAUACGGCGCCGCCGGGUAGCACAGUCCAGGAACAUCUAAGUCAAUACGUGACUUGUGUCCUGUAACAUGUAGAGCAAGCAAACGGGCCUUGGGCCGGGCAAUUGUGAGUCCUAGUGGGCUGUGUGUGUUGGGUCAGAGUAUAAGACCCUAGCUCUGUAACAUACAUCUAUGCCUCUAUAUCUAUAUCUAUACCUAAUAAUAAAGGAGCUAACGUUUCCGUGGUUUGGUCCGUCGAA